AUGAAAUCUGGAAUCAAGUGGAACAUAAGGUUGACGGAAACUCGGGGACUGCGCCCACCUGAUGAGCCCGAAGAAGGGCAUGGAUGGCUGUUUCCUGUCGGCAUCGUUUCAAUCGUUCUUGAUCCCCGCAUGCCUGGCAAAGCACGCCAAUCUGACAGUUUACAGCUCUCGUACUUCCUUCGGGUGACAUGGCAGCUAGGCACCGAAAGAGUACUACAGCUGAAUGAUCACUCCGCUAACACUGAUUCUGUCUAUCAAUGGAGAUAUGACAAUAAGUCAUUCAAAUUGAAAGAAACAGCGCACACAGAUUUUGACAUGGAAGUCACUCUCGAGAAAUACACUCAUUUGCAGAUCAAUUUGGCUUUCGCGAGAGACUCAACUGAAUUUCUCCUUUAUGAUAUUCUUCAACUGAAUGUCCUGCACACAGGCUGCACUACUCACAAGGUUGCUGAAAACUCUUCAACAGCCCUCGACCUUUCCAUGCAGUUUCCUACAUGA